AUGAUGCCAUUGGAGCUGGGACAGGCCCUGGUCCAGGUGCCACCACUGGCAAAGGCAGAGGACCCCUCACUUGGACUAAAUGCUGCUCCUCACUGGGAACUCUCCAACCCUGAAGCUGCCCGGCAACUUUUCAGACGCUUUCAGUACCAGGUGCUGUCUGGGCCCCACGAGACCUUGAGGCAACUUCGGAAGCUCUGUUUCCAGUGGCUGCAGCCAGAAGUUCACAGCAAAGAACAGAUCCUGGAGCUCCUCAUGUUGGAGCAGUUUCUGACCAUCCUGCCCGGGGAGAUCCAGAUGUGGGUGCGAGCGCAGUGUCCUAAUAGUGGAGAGGAGGCUGUGACACUAGUGGAGAGCUUGAAGGGCAAUCCCCGGAGACUGUGGCAGUGGAUCAGCAGCCAGGUUCUAGGACAGGAAAGCUUACCUGAGGAGGUGGAAUCUGCAAGCUGCCAAGUGAGGGAGGCAGAGGCCAGUCUUGAAGUGGUGCCUCAGGAGCUGGGACUUCAGAAUUCAGCCUCAGGGCCUGGAGAGCAACUGAGCCAUGUCAUCAAAGAGGAACCUAACACUGAGCUGGAAUUAGUGAUAGCUGCUCCCCAGCUUCUUGCCCAACCUGAGGAAAGGCUCAUCAGUGACCAAGAUUCUGGAGCAUCACUACUCCAAGUGUCUUUUCAGGAGCAGUGGAGGCACUUGGAUUCUACUCAGAAGGAGCACUACUGGAACCUAAUGCUGGAGAACUAUGAGAAAAUGGUCUCAGGAGGCACUUCCAUUCCCAAACCUGAACCAGCUAAUUCAGUAGAGUAUGGGGAAGAGUUGGCAGGACUCCCCCUUCAUGCCAGUGAGAAGAUCCCUGCACCCAUCUGCAGAGGAGACAGGCAGGAGAAUUGCCAAGAGAACCUAAACUUUAAAACUUGUUUGCAUCAGGAGCCUCCAGAUGCCCCUUGUCACAUCUCAGAAGAGGCCCCUCCUCAGGGUUCUUUGAGUGCCUUCUUUGAUGAGAAUGAACAAAGAUGCUUUGGAAAAGGAGAUAAUCUCCUUAAGAUACAUGGACACCUCCAAGGUGAGGAGACAGGAGAGCACCUUUCUCCUCAGGAGAGAGUUUCUGGGAAACAGCUAGACCAGCAUUUGCCUGAUGCUCACCCAAGAGACCUGUCUGUGCUAUGGCUUGAGCAGAAGCAAGAGACUUCGCAUAAGGGCCAGCUGAGACCUUCCACAACCCAGAAAUUCCCCACCUGUACAGAGUGUGGGAAAACCUUCUAUAGGAAUUCUCAGCUUGUGUUUCAUCAGAGGGCUCAUACUGGAGACACAUAUAUUCAGUGCCCCACAUGCAAGAAAGCCUUUCUGCGGAGGUCAGACUUUGUGAAGCAUCAGAGAAUUCACAUAGGAGAGAAGCCUUGCAAGUGUGAUCACUGUGGGAAAGGCUUCAGGGACUUGUAUGGGUUACGCCGCCAUGAGAAAAUUCACACAGGAGAGAAACCCUAUAAAUGUCCUCUUUGUUAUAAGAGUUUCAAUCACAGGUCCAACUUUAAUAGGCACCAGCGGGUCCAUACAAGUGAGAAACCCUAUAAAUGUCCUAUCUGA